CUGCGGGUGACAACGGUCGGUCAAUAAUGAAGGUGGUUGCGGCGCGGCAGCGGACUCAGCUGCGCCGGGCGGGGGCGGCGCCGGGACCGCGCCUGUAGGACCUCGGGGCCGGCGCGGCGAGAUGGGGCCCCGGCGCGGGGAGUGAGGCGGGAGCGACGGCGAGCGGAACUUCAGCCGGAGGGGCUCUCCUGCUUCCCCCUCUGGCUCUUCGGCCUCCACCUGCAGCCCCUCGGCCCCCGCGUCCCGCGGGACCGGGACGGCGACGGCGGGGGCAUGUGGCGCUGGGUCCGGCAGCAGCUGGGUUUUGACCCACCACAUCAAAGUGACACAAGAACUAUUUACAUAGCCAACAGGUUUCCUCAGUAUGGCCUUUACACACCUCAGAAAUUUAUAGAUAACCGGAUCAUUUCAUCUAAGUAUACUGUGUGGAAUUUUGUUCCAAAAAAUUUAUUUGAACAAUUCAGAAGAGUGGCAAACUUUUAUUUUCUUAUUAUAUUUUUGGUUCAGCUUAUGAUUGAUACACCUACCAGUCCAAUUACCAGUGGACUUCCGUUAUUCUUUGUGAUAACAGUAACUGCCAUAAAGCAGGGAUAUGAAGAUUGGUUAAGACAUAACUCAGAUAAUGAAGUUAAUGGAGCUCCUGUUUAUGUUGUUCGAAGUGGUGGCCUUGUAAAAACUAGAUCAAAAAACAUUCGGGUGGGUGAUAUUGUUCGAGUAGCCAAAGAUGAAAUUUUCCCUGCAGAUUUGGUGCUUCUGUCCUCAGAUCGACUUGAUGGUUCUUGUCACGUUACAACUGCUAGCUUGGAUGGAGAAACUAACCUGAAGACCCAUGUGGCAGUUCCAGAAACAGCAGUAUUACAAACAGUUGCCAAUUUGGACACUCUUAUAGCUGUGAUAGAAUGUCAGCAACCAGAAGCAGACUUGUACAGAUUCAUGGGACGAAUGAUAAUAACUCAACAAAUGGAAGAAAUUGUAAGACCUCUGGGGCCAGAGAGUCUCUUGCUUCGUGGAGCCAGAUUAAAAAACACAAAAGAAAUUUUUGGUGUUGCUGUGUAUACUGGAAUGGAAACUAAGAUGGCAUUAAAUUACAAGAGCAAAUCACAGAAACGAUCUGCAGUAGAAAAGUCAAUGAAUACAUUUUUGAUAAUUUAUCUAAUAAUCCUUAUUUCUGAAGCCAUCAUCAGUACUAUCUUGAAAUAUACAUGGCAAGCUGAAGAAAAAUGGGAUGAACCUUGGUAUAACCAAAAAACAGAACAUCAAAGAAAUAGUAGUAAGAUUCUGAAAUUUAUUUCAGACUUCCUUGCUUUUUUGGUACUCUACAAUUUCAUCAUUCCAAUUUCAUUAUAUGUGACAGUCGAAAUGCAGAAAUUUCUUGGAUCAUUUUUUAUUGGCUGGGAUCUUGAUCUCUAUCAUGAAGAAUCAGAUCAGAAAGCUCAAGUCAAUACUUCUGAUCUGAAUGAAGAACUUGGACAGGUGGAGUAUGUGUUUACAGAUAAAACUGGUACACUGACCGAAAACGAGAUGCAGUUUCGGGAAUGUUCAAUUAAUGGUAUAAAAUACCAAGAAAUCAAUGGUAGACUUGUAUCUGAAGGACCAACACCAGACUCUUCAGAAGGAAACUUAUCUUAUCUUAGUAGUUUAUCCCAUCUUAACAACUUAUCCCAUCUUGCAACCAGUUCCUCUUUUAGAACCAGUCCUGAAAAUGAAACUGAACUAAUUAAAGAACAUGAUCUCUUCUUUAAAGCAGUCAGUCUCUGUCACACUGUGCAGAUUAGCAGUGUUCAGACUGAUGGCAUUGGUGAUGGUCCCUGGCAAACCAACCUUGCACCCUCCCAGUUGGAGUACUAUGCAUCUUCACCAGAUGAAAAGGCUCUCGUGGAAGCUGCUGCAAGAUUCGGCAUUGUAUUUAUUGGCAAUUCUGGAGAAACUAUGGAAGUUAAAACACUUGGAAAACUGGAACGGUACAAACUGCUUCAUAUUCUGGAAUUUGAUUCAGAUCGUAGAAGAAUGAGUGUAAUUGUUCAGGCACCUUCAGGUGAGAAACUUUUAUUUGUUAAAGGAGCCGAAUCAUCAGUUCUCCCGGAAUGUAUAGGUGGAGAAAUAGAAAAAACCAGAAUUCAUGUAGAUGAAUUUGCUUUGAAAGGGCUAAGAACUCUGUGUAUGGCCUAUAGAGAGUUUACACCUAAAGAGUAUGAGGAGAUAGAUAGACGUUUAUUUGAAGCCAGGACUGCCUUGCAGCAACGGGAAGAGAAACUGGCAGAUGUCUUCCGGUUCAUAGAGAAAGACCUGGUAUUAGUGGGAGCUACGGCAGUAGAAGACAAACUACAAGAUAAAGUUCGAGAAACUAUUGAAGCAUUGAGAAUGGCUGGUAUCAAAGUAUGGGUACUUACUGGAGAUAAACAUGAAACAGCUGUUAGUGUGAGUUUGUCAUGUGGACAUUUUCACAGAACCAUGAACAUCCUUGAACUUAUAAACCAGACGUCAGACAGUGAAUGUGCUGAAAAGUUGAGGCAGCUUGCCAGAAGAAUUACAGAGGACCAUGUGGUUCAGCAUGGUCUGGUGGUGGAUGGGACCAGUCUGUCUCUUGCACUCAGGGAGCAUGAAAAACUAUUUAUGGAAGUUUGUAAAAAUUGUUCAGCUGUAAUGUGCUGUCGUAUGGCACCACUGCAGAAAGCAAAGGUAAUAAGACUGAUAAAAAUCUCACCUGAGAAGCCUAUAACAUUGGCUGUUGGCGAUGGUGCUAAUGAUGUAAGCAUGAUACAAGAAGCACAUGUUGGCAUAGGAAUCAUGGGUAAAGAAGGAAGACAAGCUGCAAGGAACAGUGACUAUGCAAUAGCUAGAUUUAAAUUUCUCUCCAAAUUGCUUUUUGUUCAUGGUCAUUUUUAUUAUAUUAGAAUAGCUACCCUUGUACAGUAUUUUUUUUAUAAGAAUGUGUGCUUUAUCACACCCCAGUUUUUAUAUCAGUUCUACUGUUUGUUUUCUCAACAAACAUUGUAUGACAGCGUGUACCUGACUUUAUACAAUAUUUGUUUUACAUCCCUGCCUAUUCUGAUAUAUAGUCUGUUGGAACAGCAUAUAGACCCUCAUGUGUUACAGAACAAGCCCACUCUCUAUCGAGACAUUAGUAAAAACCGUCAACUAAGCAUGAAAACGUUUCUUUAUUGGACCAUCUUGGGUUUCAGUCAUGCCUUUAUUUUCUUUUUUGGAUCCUAUUUUCUAAUAGGGAAAGAUACAUCUCUGCUUGGAAAUGGCCAGAUGUUUGGAAAUUGGACAUUUGGUACCUUGGUCUUCACAGUCAUGCUUAUUACAGUCACAGUAAAGAUGGCUUUGGAAACUCAUUUUUGGACCUGGAUCAAUCAUCUUGUUACCUGGGGAUCUAUUUUAUUCUAUUUUGUAUUUUCUUUGUUUUAUGGAGGGAUUCUCUGGCCAUUUUUGAGCUCCCAGAAUAUGUACUUUGUAUUUAUUCAGCUCCUGUCAAGUGGUUCUGCUUGGUUUGCCAUAAUUCUCAUGGUUGUUACAUGCCUAUUUCUUGAUAUUGUGAAGAAAGUGUUUGACCGACAGUUUCAUCCUACAAAUAUUGAAAAGGCACAGCUUACUGAAACAAAUUCAAGUAUCAAGUGCUUGGACUCCAUGUGCUGUUUCUCAGAAGGAGAAACAGCGUGCACAUCUGUUGGAAGAAUGCUGGAACGAGUAAUAGGAAGAUGUAGUCCGUCCCAUGUCAGCAGAUCAUGGAGUGCAUCGGAUCCUUUCUAUACCAACGACAGGAGCAUCUUGACUCUCUCCACAAUGGACUCGUCUACUUGUUAAAGGGGCGGUAGUACUUUGUGGGAGCCAUUUCAACUCCUUUCCUAAAAUUCAGUGUGAUCAUCCUGGUAAUGGCCACACUACCUCUGCGGAACUACUUUCUGAAAUCUCUGGAGUAGCUCAUGCCCACUCAGAGUUAUAAUGGCAAACAAACAAAAAGCAUUACCAUGCACCCCCGCCAGCCGCCCUCUUAGUUUAAAUCUGAACAUGUUAAAAUUUAUGAAUAAAGAGCCAUUUUUCAUCUCUUUAUCUGGGUUGUCCCCGUGUGCUUACGGGACUCCCAAUGGCAUUUCAGCCUUUUGCUAAGGCCACUAAAUAUUUUAACAUCAAGGUAGAAAAGGGAGCUAAUUCCUAGUUAAUUGUACUUUUUAGUAUGGCUUGGUUAUUGAGUCUUCUGUUUAAAUCUGCCUCUAUAAAUUAUGCUGAAAAGUUUUCCUUGAAAACUCUAUUUUUUUAUUAGAGUUAUAUUUGAAACUUUUCAUGGGAAAAGUUAAUGUGAAUAGUAAGGAAUUUUGGUCCCUCAGUGACCCAUGUUUGUUCAUUCAUUAGUGCUUUCUAAGUUCACAGAGCAAAUUAGGAGAAUGCAUUUCCAACCAUUAUUUACUGCAGUAUGGGUAGUAAAUAUAUACCAGUACCAAAACUUCUCUAAAUGUACUGUAACACAACCAGUUAAGUUAACCAUAUACAUGCAAAGGGUAUAUCAUAUCUUACCUAUAAAUCAGGAAUCAAGCCCAUUCACCAAAUUUCAAAUUGAUGUUUACUAUUUUUGUGACAAUGUAAAGAACCUAUAGUGGGUAAAUUAGACAUCAUUAGCAUAUUAUUAUUUAAUGUGAUUAUCAUUGGAUCUUUUGCAUGCUUUAAUCUGCUUAAUAUAUUUAAAUUUGCUUUUUUUGUCUAUCUGAAGGCUCUGUUUAUAGUAUUUUAUGACACUGUUGUAAAUUCAACUAUAAUCAAUAAAAAACCAGUUUGAAAACUA